AUGGUCGGCGUGCAGCAACAGCCGUCGUCUCCACAGCGGCUGCAGGCUCCAGCGGCUCCUCCGCCGGCCCGACCUGCUGCGCCAUUCGCCAUCGUUGACGAAGCCCCCGUGCCCUUGGCACCGCCGCCGCCGAUGUCGCAGCCUAGCCAGCAACGCCCGCACGUUCCACUUUACGGGCAGCAUCCGGCGGACGUCGAUGAACCUAUGCCCCUGGCGCCAUCGCUGCCAGCUUCCCCGCCUCUUCCGCGACGCAGCUCCGCUCGUCUGGCCCGCCACGCCGCGCCCUACUCUGCGGCUGCGAGUUUUCACCGCCUCCUCCACGAGGCCGCCAAGGCCGAGCAGGACGACGUCGCCCUCCUCUCGCUCCCCGGGAAGGGAGGUGUGUACUGUCUGCCAUCGGGUUCCCCUAAAUGGCAGGCAGCACCGCAUAAUAGCCACGCUAUGAGAGAAACAAACCAACAGCCAAACAGGCGAAGACAACAGGUAACAACGCCGAAGAUUCCAGUCGAUUAA